GUGUAGGCAGGGUGAGCAGAACAGUGGACAGUACAGACAUGCAUUUUGCAAGCGGCUCUCGUUGAAAACUAAUAAAGCAGAUGUCAGCGCAGCCUCACAGGACCAUGGGAGGUUGCGCAGGUGAGCCGACGUGAAACGCAACGCUCCGCACAUGGGACUGUAUUGUUCGACCUGACCCGCACUGUGACAGUUUGAGGACAAGAGACAUGUCAGGAGACACAAUGACAGCAGUCCGCGGAGCCCACUCAAACAAUGCGAGCCCUGUGACUCCAAAGGAGAACGGACACAGCUUCCAACAUGCGUCCAACUUUCCCCAUACCUCUCCAGGGAGCGCACUCGACGACACCCCGGUGUAUUCCAGCAGCGAGCUCACCCACACAUGGGUCCACUUCGUCAAGACUUUUGUCAUAAUUUUCCCAAUUUACGCCCUGGGGUAUUUUGAAUUCAGUUUUAGCUGGCUGCUGAUUGGACUUUUUAUCUUUUUCUGCUGGAGGAGAAACGCAGGAGGGAAGCUCAGCCGGCUGAGCCGAGCGCUUGCUUUCUUUGACCAAGAGGAGCGAUGUGCCAAACAUAGCCUAACCAGUUCUGAUUUACCACCAUGGGUCCAUUUCCCAGAUGUAGAGCGGGUGGAGUGGUUAAACAAGACUGUCAUGCAGAUGUGGCCGUACAUCUGUCAAUUUGUGGAAAAACUGUUCCGUGAGAUGAUCGAGCCGGCGGUGAAGGAGUGCCACGUCCAUCUCAGCACCUUCUGCUUCAGUAAGAUCGACAUAGGAAACAAACCGCUCAGGAUCAAUGGAGUCAAGGUUUAUACAGAAAAUGUGGACCGGAGGCAGAUCAUCAUGGACCUGCAGAUCAGCUUUGUUGGGAACACUGAGAUUGAUGUGGACAUCAAACGCUACUACUGCAAAGCUGGGAUCAAGAGCAUUCAGAUCCAUGGUGUGAUGAGAGUGGUGAUGGAGCCCUUGCUGGGGGAUGUGCCUCUAGUUGGAGGACUGUCCCUGUUUUUCCUCAAGAAGCCACUUCUAGACAUAAACUGGACUGGCCUCUCAAACAUCCUGGACAUUCCUGGGCUCAACGGCUUCUCUAACAAUUUGAUUCAAGACAUAAUCUACAGUUAUUUGGUUUUACCCAACCGAAUCACUAUCCCUCUGGUUGGUGUGGAGGACCUGGCCAAGCUACGAUUUCCAAUGCCUAAGGGAGUGCUAAGGAUUCACUUCCUCGAGGCUCAAGAUCUGGAAGGCAAGGAUCAAUUUCUCGGAGGACUCAUCAAGGGAAAGUCGGACCCUUAUGGCAUCCUGCAUGUCAGCAACCAAAUGUUUCAGAGCAAGACGAUUAAGGAGAGCCUCCAUCCCAAGUGGAAUGAGGUUUAUGAGGCUCUUGUGUAUGAACCUUCUGGUCAGCAUCUGGAGAUUGAGCUGUUUGAUGAAGAUCCAGACAAAGAUGAUUUCCUUGGAAGCCUCCUGAUUGAUUUGACCAAGGUAUACAAUGAACAAAAAGUUGAUGAGUGGUUUGAACUGGAAGAAACCCCUACAGGGAAACUCCAUUUAAAACUGGAGUGGCUGUCUCUAUUCUCCACCCCAGAGAAGCUGGACCAGGUUUUAAGAUGUGUGCGUGCAGAUAGAAGCCCAGCAAAAGAUGGACUCUCGUCAGCACUAUUAGUGGUCUUUCUGGACUCGGCAAAGAAUUUGCCGGGUGUCUUCACAGGCAGCUUAGGCUGUGGAAACUUGAGUGAGAGGAGAGCUUCUGGCUUAAUCUUUUGUGAAAGCGAUACUUCUGAGUGUAGUGCAAAUUUUAUCAACCUGUCAGAUAUCACCCAUGACGGGUUGAAGCAAGUCUCGGUCUUUAAGGCCCUGAAGUCAGCCAAGAAGAACAGCAGUGAACCCAGCCCUUAUGUCCACUUCACAGUUGGGCACAAAACCCUUGAGAGUAAGGUCCGUUACAAGACCAGAGAGCCUCUGUGGGAGGAUUCCUUCUCUUUCCUUGUUCACAAUCCGACAAGGCAAGAGCUUGAAGUGGAGAUAAAGGAUGAUAAGCAAAAAUGUACACUGGGUAUCUUACGGGUGCCUUUGAGUAACCUGCUGUCGGAGGAGGACAUGACUCUGGCUCAGUGCUUUCCUCUGAAGAACUCUGGACCCAGCUCCACCAUCAAACUAAAGAUGACUUUAAGGAUACUUUCACUGGAGAAGCAGUUUUCUUCAGACCUGCCCUCUGCGGUCCAGGUCAGGAAGUCCAGUGUUCCCCAGACAGCUCCGGCCCCCUCAUUGUGUCAGUCCGCUUCAGAGUCCCAGCUGCUUUCUGCCACGCCUUCAAAGCCAGUACGCGCCUCCACUCUCACCCUCCAGGACCCCGACGGCGAGCCGUACUCCGCCAGCCCUCGCCGCAGCACACCCAACCUGAGCACCAGUAUGUCUAGUUCCCAGAAGUACCUGCCUCACAAGGAGUCCACCCCCAGCCUGGCGUCGGACAUCUCUCUGCCCAUCGCCACCCUGGAGCUUCAGCAAAGACUUCAUCAGCUGCAGAAUGGCUCGGCCUCCAGCCAGUACCCGCUGGGUAAGAUCCAGCUCACUGUUCGGCACAGCUCCCAGAGGAACAAACUUGUUGUGGUGGUGCACUCUUGCCAAAACCUGAUAGCCUUCACCAAAGACGGCUCAGAUCCCUUCAUACGGCUGUACUUGCUGCCUGACAAGAGCCGGUCGGGAAGGCGGAAGACGAGCACGAUGAAGAAGACUCUUAACCCGGUUUAUGAUCAAACGUUUGAGUUCAAUGUUUCCACGGUGGAGCUGCACAGGAGAACUCUGGAUGUAGCGGUAAAGAAUGGAAGGAGCAUCUUGUCCAAACACAAAGGCCUUUUGGGAAAGGUGCUGGUAGAUUUAAGUGGAGACGAUAUAACAAAAGGCUUCACUCAGUGGUAUAAUUUAACGGAAGAUGGUUCAUCAUCUCAAGAUUUGAGAAGAAGUCAAGAAUCUCUCAUCACCCAGUGAAACCUCUCUGUACUCUAAACAGUUAUCUUAUUUUUCAGACUGUUUAUUAUGUUUAUUAUGAAAUUCAAAUGAAUUUGGGCAUUUAAGAGAUUUUCUUUCUUUCUUUUUUUUUAGAAAAACGGCUAAAGACACACUGUACUAUAAAGUAGUAAAAAAUGCAAACUGUCUUGUUUUUGUUUGCCAAGUUUUAUGUAAAUAUCAAGAUUGUGCAUAUUUAUAUAAUAAAAAUAACAAUUUGCAGACUUUUUCAUGGAAUUAUGUUUCCUUAAUGGAAGUUUUGUUGAAAUAUGUCCAAAUUCCUAGAUAUUUCUGUGACAUUUAUGCAAAACUGAGACAAAAUCUGUUUGUGAAAAUGAACCAAAGGAAUAGAUACAAUCCUACGCAUUGGCCUCAUAAGUAGCACUCCUUUUUUGUUAUUUAUUUUAGUUUUGUUUUAAUUUUUUGUCAUGCAGUGUUAUUGAUUGUUUACGUCCUAUUGUUCUUUAUGCCUGUUAGAAAAAUACAUGUGAUGCAUGUAUGCAAAUUGGAUUUAUUUUUGGAGAUUUGUACAAUAUUUGUGAUUUUGAAUUUUAUCUGAGAUGCUGAAGAAAGUGGCAUUUAGGGCUAUGAACAAACUACAUAAGUAUAUAAAAGAGGAUACUUGAAUAAGAGUUUGAAGAGUUUCAAACCAAAUGUGAGUAAUGUAAACAAAGGAAGGUAACUUUUCAGGUUGCUGCAACAUGUUGAGAUGAUGCAUCUUUGGCUAUGUGCUUGUAAAUGUUUUGCCUUGCAAUUUUAACUGUUUGUUGCAACUUUUCAACACAUUUCUUCUGAUCUAUCUUGUGCCUUAAAAACCUGCGAUGUGAGUUUUUGUUUUUUCUUCUAAAAUAUUAACAUUUUCAAAUUACCUGAUGCCUAGUGGCUUUGAAUAAAUAUAUAUGUUCUUUUGGAAAAGUCUGAUUAUUUUUUAUCAUUGUAAUAAAUACUAUAUUACUUGUAUUAGAAACAUGACUGCAAUGAUUGUGUUUGAUUGUGUUUGCACAAUCUCUUUAGAUCAGAUUCCCAGGUUUUAUGCUCUUUUUUCUUCAGCUCACCUUGCAGGUUUUAUAUAGGAUUACAGUCUGAGUGAGCUGUGAAGGAAGGUUCAUUUUGCCUCCAGUGAAUCAUUUCUGUGUUGAUUUUGCCUUGUUUUAAAUGACUGUCCUGCUGAAACCCUUUCUAACAACAAUCCAAUAAAAAUGUUUAAAA